AUGGCUCAAAAUGUAGACGGUGCAAACCUGGGUAUAAAUAUGUAUGCGAAAGGAGAUGAACAUUUGACAACAAUCAUGUUGACAAACAGCCAUUCAGUACAACCGGGUUAUAAUGGGUGGACAACAAGAAGAAGAAUAAAAAGAAUGCGAGACGGAGAGAAUACUAGGUUUGAACAUCGAAUAAAGAACGGGAUAUGGGAAUUGACGAAAAGUGAUGAGCGUGAUCCUGUUGGUGUGUUUCGGGAAGAGAGUGUUGCUAACAAGAAUCAAAAGAAAGCCGUACCCAUAAUAGCGACUGACAAUAAUAACGUGAAAGAAAUGGCCGAGAAUUCUACUCGUCUAAACGAGACAACAACGGCUUCUACCAACAUUUCAGACCCAAACUGUUCACCAAAUAUACUUGACUAUUGUAUCCACAAUGACUGUACGGCUGCUAGACCCAAUUGUUUGAUCGUAAACGGAACUGCCAGCUGCUCCCCUAGAACUGACGAAGGAUGGCGCUUGAGCUCUUGCCCCGAAUCGUUAAGCUAUACUGGACCUUAUCGCAAAGAAAACGAGACCUGCGUGUUACUGACCACUCCAACAGAUCCAAUGACUUUGACUAAACUAUUAUCGGUUAUCCUCAAGACAACCAAUGAGACAGAUGGAUAUUCGACCGAACCACUUGAAGACUAUGGCAACUGCGACCCUUCACUAUAUUGCGAUUCAACAUCAACACCGUCUGUGUGCAGGCCCAAAUUGUCUACCCAAGUGGAAUGCGAGUCAUCAAACCAAUGUCAAUCAGGUCGGUGUUUGGAGAAACUACAAGACGGUACAGGACCCAAAGUGUGUUUAGACACCAAUGAAAACAGCGAUCAACCAUCCCCCACAUCAAUAUCCAGCUCUUCAGAUAACACUGAUAACGAUGACUCGAAUGUGUCGGCUCUGCAUGAAAAGCUCAAACUAAUAUUGAUCACCGUCCUACCAAUUUCUGUUGGAAUUCUGAUUAUCAUUGCGCUUAUCAUCUUGGUAGUUCGCCUACGACGCAGAGAAAUGAGAAAUCGCAAUAUACAAGUGUCGUAUCCUAAAGAGAUUCUGUUCCAAGACAGUCCACGCACAACAUGGACAAAUCUCACUCGAUCCUUCACCACGAUCCGAGAAUCCAUUAUUCGCUUCUCUCAAUUUUCACGCACGGCCGAUACCGAUGAUCAAGAACGGCGGGCAUCAGCCGCACAACAUGAACAACAACAAGAGCGGAGGGAUUCUAACAGGCAAUCACCAUUACUCCCUCCCCCUCCAAAACUGACCAAUUCGCUAAUGUGGAUGCAAACACCUCACCCAUUAAAGCCGGUUUAUGAAAGGAUACGCGCAGUCAGGUCGUCGCCUACUCAUCAGGAAGAUUUUGGCACUGCCGGGCAGAAUCCCGCUGGGUCAACUUAUACUCCUGCCUUUGUCUCGUCUAGUGAUUCCGAGAGGAUAUAUCAAGAAUAUAUAUGA